AUGAGUCCCACAAGUUUUGCGGGAUUAUGGGCGCGCAAUGUCGCGAACGAUAUCGAGUCUGUUCCCUCGACAUUCUCGAGCUGGGAUAAGUGCAUGUCCAAGGCAUACUGCAAUUUCCACCCCAAGGAGUGCACGCGCCCUGAUGGGAGGAUGGCCCGUUAUCGUCGGCAUCAUCAUCGGCUCGGUCAUCCUGAUCGGUAUCCUGGGAUGCAUCAUCAAUUGUCUCUGCUGUGGCUAUCAAUGCUGUAA